GUCCAUCUAUUUUGGGUUGCAGUUGACCAUGGAUGCUGACCUAGUUUAUCAAAACAUCAAGUCUUCUGAAGAUCCCUCACCCAGAAGAAGAAGAGCAAAAUUAGAUGUUGUUCAACAGGCAGACCACCGAUUAUGCCCUCAUUGGCAUUGGAUUUUGCUGUGGCUUUCCUGUGCUGGGAAUGUUCUCUUGGUGGUGGCCAUGAUACUGAUAGGAGUUCAUGGCCUGGGAUGCAGUUCCUCAACACCACUAAACAGAAGCCCACAAAACCCAGAGGAAAUGACUAGAAUUUCAAAUACACAUCAGCGCAAUCACCUUGAAAGUAAAACAAAUAGUCAAUUACAAGCAUUCAGGUCUUGUCUAAGGCAGCAUUUGUGUGAGACUACAAAUGCAUUUACAGAGAAUGCAUCCUGCAAUGUGUGUCCUAGGACAUGGCUUCUGUACGAGGAUAAAUGCUACUGGUUUUCUACUUCAAUCUUGUCCUGGAAACAAAGCGGCAGGGACUGUGCAGCAAAAGGAUCUCAGCUGUUAGUGAUUUCUAAUACAAGAGAGCAGAAAUUUGUCCAGGACAUAAUCAAGGAUAAGAGUACAUGGAUUGGGCUCACAGCCAAAUUGCCAGAGGAGAAGUGGAUGUGGGACAAUGGCUCACCAUUAAACCAAACGCUAUCUCAACCCUUAAUGGCUGACUGCGGUAUUAUAGGAAAGAAAGGAAUUGCCUCUGAUAUCUGCAGUGCAGAGCUUCACUGGAUUUGUCAGAAACUCUCUGUAUUCAUUUGAGGAAUUGCAUGCAGAAUUAAAAACAAGCAUGUCAAAUGAAAAAGAAAUCUUUAGA